ACACAGGCAAGCAUUCAAAGACAACUUCACUUGAGUACCCUAACCCUCUGCAGCUCAAGGUGCUGGCUUUCUGAGCAGACUAGAGGCUUUUAAGUAGCAAAGCUCCCUGCUCUCAGUACCCAGCAUCAUGGGGAAGGGAGACACCUUGGAGGCAGCACCACCCACCUUGGCCUACCACUCUGUCAUGGAGGAGUGUUACGAAGUGGGCAAGGUCAUUGGCAAUGGCUCCUAUGGCACGGUGUAUGAGGCUUACUACACCAAGCAGAAGGUCAUGGUGGCUGUCAAGAUUAUCUCAAAGAAGAAGGCCUCAGAGGACUAUCUUAACAAGUUCCUGUCCAGUGAGAUACAGGUAAUUAAGGUCCUGCGGCACAAGUACCUCAUCAACUUCUACCAGGCCAUUGAGACCACAUCCUGAGUGUACAUCAUUCUGGAGCUGACUCAGGGUGGUGACAUCCUUGAAUGGAUCCAGCGCUAUGGGGCCUGCUCUGAGCCCCUUGCUGGCAAGUGGUUCUCCCAGAUGACCCUGGGCAUCGCCUACUUGCACAGCAAGGGCAUUGUGUACCGCUCCCGGUCUAAUACUAAACCCUCUUCCCAGCCUGACCCCCAGCCUUUGCUGUUGCUGGACAAGUGGGAGAAUGUGAAGAUAUCGGACUUUGGUUUUGCCAAGAUGGUGCCUUCUAACCAGUCUGUGUGCAGUAGCCCUUCCUACCGCCAAGUGAACUGCUUUACCCACCUCAGCCAGACUUACUGUGGCAGCUUUGCUUAUGCCUGCCCGGAGAUCUUGCUAAGCUUGCCCUACCCUUUCCUGUCCGAUACCUGGAGUAUGGGCAUCAUCCUCUACACCCUGGUGGUUGCCCAUUUGCCCUCUGAUGACUCCAAUCUCAAGAAGCUGCUGAGAGAGACUCAGAAGGAGGUCACAUUUCCAUCUAACCACUCCGUUUCCCAGGAGUGCAACAACCUGGUCCUCCAGAUGCUAUGCCAAGCCACCAAGUGCGCCACCAUCCUGGACAUCAAGGAUCCCUGGGUGCUCAAGUUCCAGCUUGAACAACCCACUCAUGAGAUAAGGCUGCUUGAGGCCAUGUGCCAGCCUCCCAGCAACACUAACCAUCAUCAGCCCUUGGAAAUCAAUACCUGAGAGUGGCUGAGGGAGGGGGUCGAGAGAGGAGCAAAGCAGGAGGGUCUGGGGCUAUGAAAAUCUUUUUUACCAA